UAGUUUUUAUUCAACUACAGGUCAUGAGGUGAUUAAUUAUUCAUGACACUCCAAACGUGGUUUGUGUAAAGUGGCAAUUCACACCCAUUUUGCGAUGUUUCUAUCUUGUGAUUGGAGGGCCUGUCCUCUGGUCAUGUCUCUCUAUGCGAUAGCGCUGCAUUCCGACCGCGAUAAGCAUUAUGGGAAACAUAGUUUCAGGAUAAAACCCAUUUCCAUGAUUAUACCGUUUUGAGAACGAUUUAAGGAACAAAGAACUACAUUUCCCAGGCUGAUUUAAAGGAGGCGUUUACCUUCUCGAUCAGCUGAAAUAUGAUGGGUUCUUUUCAGCUUACAAGUUUUGCUCAUGCACUUCAAAGAUGACAGAGGGAACGUGUCUGCAGAGAAGGGGAGGCCCCUAUAAGACUGAGUCGGUGAUGGAUCUCAGCCGCUGGAGGUUGAGUAAUGUGGAAGGCAGACAGACUUUGAGGUACAUUGAGGAGGCAGACCAUGUGGACAGACAGCAGAGCAUGCUGGAAUCUCACUCUCUGGGACUGGACGUGGGUGAGUUGGCAUCCCCUGCCGCACUGACUGCAGUAGAAGCUGCACUGAAGGGAAUGGACUUCUACAGCUGUCUCCAGGCUGAAGAUGGACACUGGGCUGGGGAUUAUGGUGGACCACUUUUCUUACUUCCAGGUCUGCUCAUAACCUGUCAUAUUGCGAAGAUCCCUCUGCCAGAUGCAUGGAAGCAGGAAAUGGUUAGAUACCUUUUAGGGCCUGUGAUUUUGUUGAUCAAUAUGUUGGUACGCUGGUAUGUGGACGGACCCACAUCACCUGCCUUUCAGGAGCAUGUGUCAAGGAUUCCUGACUAUCUAUGGCUGGGUCUGGAUGGUUUGAAAAUGCAGGGUACAAACGGAUCACAGCUAUGGGACACUGCAUUUGCAGUACAAGCAUUUCUUGAGGCAGGAGCCAAGGACAUACUGAGGUUUACAGAAUGCCUAACACAAGCCCAUCAUUUCUUUGAUCUGACCCAGAUCAAAGAUAAUCCUCCGGAAUAUAAGAAAUACUAUAGACAAAUGAACAAGGGAGGUUUUCCCUUCAGCACACGGGACUGUGGUUGGAUAGUUGCGGACUGUACAGCGGAAGGGCUGAAAUCUGUGAUGCUGCUGCAGGAGCAGUGCGGUUUCCUCAAAGAAAAAGUUCCUGCAGAAAGACUCUAUGAUGCUGUCAAUGUGCUGCUAAGCAUGAGAAAUCCUGAUGGAGGGUUUGCCACGUAUGAGACCAAACGUGGUGGAAAACUGCUAGAGCUGCUGAACCCAUCUGAAGUGUUUGGUGAUAUAAUGAUUGAUUACACGUAUGUUGAGUGUACCUCAGCUGUAAUGCAGGCACUGAAACACUUUCACAGCGUAUAUCCUGAGCACAGAGCUGAAGAGAUUAGGACAACUCUUCAGCAGGGGCUGAACUACUGCAGGAGGGUUCAAAGACAUGAUGGCUCGUGGGAAGGGUCCUGGGGAGUCUGUUUCACAUAUGGAGUCUGGUUUGGUUUGGAGGCAUUUGCAUGUAUGGGCCACACUUUCCAAAGCGGGUCUGUUUGUGUGGAGGUGAAACGCGCCUGUGAGUUCAUGCUGUCGAAGCAGAUGGAGGAUGGAGGCUGGGGCGAGGACUUUGAGCCAUGUGAGCAACGGCGCUACGUUCAGAGCAAGAACUCACAGAUCCACAACACCUGCUGGGCUUUGCUGGGGUUGAUGGCUGUCAGAGUGAUCGAGCGAGGCAUUCAAGUUCUGAUUGAUAAGGAGCUGCCCAAUGGAGACUGGCCACAGGAGAACAUUUCUGGAGUGUUCAAUAAAAGCUGCGCCAUCAGCUACACCUCUUACAGGAAUGUGUUUCCUGUGUGGACACUGGGCCGUUUCUCACGGCUCUACCCCUGCAGCCCUCUGGCUGGGAAACUCCAGCUCUAAGUCAGAUACUGUGUACUUGUGCCUCAAAUAAGCAAUAUCUGAUCAAAGACAAUUCUUAUUUGAAACAAACCUGUUUGCUGCUCUUUAGAAAGUAGGACUGAUUUAUCAAAGUCUUUAGAAUAUUAUCUACAGAAUAGUUGAUUCAUUUUUGUGCUCCUUUAACCACGGGACAAAGGCUUUGUAUUCUGUAGAUGAUUCUGUAAUUAAAUGUGAUUUUCUGUACUCUUACAAUAAAUCGUUUUAUAUU